UCCUAUAGAAGUGAUGUCAUGGAGUGACGAGGCAAGGAGGAGAUUUGUGGACAAUUUUCGCAAAGGUAGCAUCGAGAUGUUCCGUGCUAGAGGUAUGAUUGUUGGCUGUGCCGGGGCAGGAAAGACAACUAUUCUCAAAAGACUUCAACGAAAUCAGACGGAAGACCUGAAUACUAACACUAAAACUACAAUUGGUCUCGAAGUCCAUAACGACAUAUUUGAAAUAGUUUCGGACAACCUAGAAGAUUUCAAACAGAAUAGCAAAUCUGGAAAGGACGAUAAUACAGCUAGUCUACAUGAGAAUAAACAACUCAUCAGCAUGACAGAUUUCGCUGGUCAGGUGGCCUACUAUGCCUGUCAUCAAAUCUAUUUGUCCAGAAGGGCGUUUUAUCUCUUGGUCAUUGAUAUGUCAAAAAAUCUGAAAGACAUAGCAUAUGAUCCAGAGAGACACAAUCCGAUUGGAUCACUGUUCGAGAAAUGGACUUACGAAAACUACUUUGUUUUCUGGUUGCAAUCCAUCAAAACCUACUGUGACGACAAAAAGAUGAAAGAAAAAUUCGGGGAAGAUGUGGGAGCAAAUCCGGUGAUAUUAAUUGCAUCACACAGGGACCAACUAGAAACGGAAAAUGUGAGAAAACACAAGAAUCCUGUCAACCGUAGCAUGAUUGAAUAUCCGUUUUAUGAGGAGUUGGAGAAAUGCUUGCCUAAAGAACAGAUAUUAGGGGGUCUUAUUUCACCCGAAAGGUAUUUCGAAGUUGAGUGUCCACCUGGAGAUCUAUCUGAAGAACAAGAAGAUAUCAUCGAUAAAGUCAGGAAGUGCAUUGUUCAGGCAGCAACGGGUCUUCCCCACUGGGGAGAAAAAAUACCAAUUCAAUGGUCGUAUUUUGAGCAAAUUCUUCAUGAAGAAAAGGAAGAGAAAAUUCUCAAAAGAAAGGACUUGUGGAAAAUGGAUGUCAUUCAAUUUAAAAAUGAGGAUGAUAUGGAUGACAUGCUUCGGUUUUAUCAGGAAAUAGGGCAAAUCAUCUACUUCUCAGACGAGGGGCUGCGGGAUGUGAUUAUUCUGGAUGUCCAAUGGUUUGUUGAUGCCUUUAAAGCUAUCAUUACAGAUCCAACGCAUGUGCAUGGUUUUACUCAGAAAGUGAAGGAAUGGAAGGCAUUUAGAGACACCGGCAAAUUGUCUGAUGCGACUUUAUGCAAACUAUGGAAGAAAAAUUACGGUGAAUCUUAUAUCAAGCACAAAAAAGAAAUCAUGGUAUACAUGGAAAAACUAGGAAUACUGGCUGAGGUUGAGUCGCAAGACGAGACGCCAUUUUAUUACAUCCCUAGUAUCAACAAGAGGGAUCUUAAAGAGGAAGAUAAGGAAAUCAUUGAUGCAGGAAACAAGACACCCUUGUUUAUAUUCUAUUUUAGAAAUUACCUGCCCCAUUUCUUCUUUUAUCGCCUGUUUGUUAAUUGUUUCCGGAAAUGGAAUCAACUCGGAGAUGAUUUGUUCUUUAAAAAUGCUGCCUUUUUUAAGGUUAAAGAUGAGGACCAUAGAAUCGCUAUUGCCGUCAGCAAAACGUCAAUCCAGUUGCAAGUAUUUACACCAGAAGAAAAUAUCGAGCUGAAAGAAGAGGAAACAAAAGGCAUAAGGUCGGCUGUAGAGGACUUGAUCAAUGAAAUUACCACCACAUUCCACGAAAAAGUAAAUUGCAAAAUGGGAUUUGCUUGUAAGGAUCUGAACAUAACGGAUGAAGAUGAGGAUAUGUUUCUACCUGAAGAAGACGUGGCUUGUUUAAAAACCAGCAGUAGACCUUGUCCGAUACAUCUUAAGAAAGUCGAGCGCCAUCGCAUAGAUAGAGAUAGUCUUCUAAAGUACUGGUACACGGGCGCAAAUUCCAGUACACCACAGCGGGAGAGUACGUAACAACAUAUUUCGAGGAAAACCUGCUGCAGCCUGCAUGGUACUUUGAUAUUUUGACCGAUGUAUAGAUAUUUCUCUAAUCAUUUGAAGUGACACAAAUUAACUCCAGUUUGUGAUAUUGUUUGCUAUUUCUCCUUAAGGACCAGCCUAUUAGAUAAGGGACCAAGAAAAUCAACAGAAUUUCUUAUUUAUCUCAAAAUAUAUACAAUUGAAGCAAAUUUGUGUGCUUUGAUGUUUUCCAACUACUCAUAUGAUGAAAUUGGUGUCAUUGGUUACAUAAUACGGGGUUUAUAGGGGAUUCGUUACAAUUGCUCUGUAUAUGCUAAUUAAUAUGCAAGCUUUACAAUUAUUCUUUUAAAGGAAUUCCCUGGCCAGCGCUAUAAAGUUAUAUAUCCCAAUUAAGUGGAACCCGGAUAUAUUUUUUUGUUGAACGUAGAACAAAAACUGUAGAUAAUCGCAAUAUUUAUUACACAAUUUCAAGCUUUAGGGGCCAGUCCCUGAAAUGAAGAGCCAGGAGGGAUCAAAAUUACUCUGUAAAGAAUUCACAAUGUACAACAAAUAUAAAGCAUUGGUGAUUUUUUUUUUUCAUUUUGACGUUGUCCAACUGAUGACAGACUUUAAACAGUGGCCACCACUGCAAACACUUUUUAGAGAUGGUUCCGUUCCGAAUUUCUUUGAUUACUUUAAACGUGUAUCCGUUUCAUCCCGCGCAAAGUGUAUAUAGGGUUGAUUGUUCUUAUAAUUCAAGAUUAUUUAUAUGCUUUCAAGUAAUCUCAUUCCACUCACAAAAAAACCCCGUACAAUUCACAUCGAAAUGUUACACCAAAGCCCAGGAUCCACAAAUCGUAAUGUCUAUAUCAUUGGCAAUAGUUGAUUAAUUAGUACCCAGGCCCAGCAAUAGAUGACACUACAUGUCUGUAUUUAGCUAUACUGUAAAAUACUACAGCAAUGAUUAUACUUGUGUGUAAUUUAUGCCAAUAUUUUUGUUCAUCUGAAAUAUAUAUUCUUGCAUAUGUUAACAUUGGUAUAUACUGUGUAGCACUGUAAAAAGUGUAUGUGUGUGUGUGUGGGGGGGGGGGGUAGGAUUCCAACUAUUUGUGACAAAAAUUUACGAAUAUUAGUGUUGAGGUCAUGUUUUUUUUUAAAUGCUGAAACUUGAUAUCAUAACGGUUGGGGCGUUAUCAUACUUGAAUAAUUUUGUGUAAUGUCGGGUUAAAAUGUUAUUUUCGACGCCAUGUUUGCGUUGACAGCAGACAAAGUUUUAACAGAUAUCGUUGUACCACAUACUGUCGGAGGAAAUUUCUUAUUCUACUCCAAAAAGUCGGAAGACGGUGUUGCAACACGUUGAACAGAAAUAUCAGACGCUGAUAUGGCUACGUCAACAAACGGAAUUAUAGUCCGUUCUUGGCACACCGAUUCUGAUUACUGAUAACUCUGUUUACUUGGUUCACGACGGGUGUGACCUGUCGACAGGGGAUGCAUAUUCCUCUUAGGCGCCUGAUCUCACCUCUAGUAUAUACAGGGGUACGUAUUUGCACAAUUUUCUAUUUUGUAUUGCUUAUAGGAGUUGUGAGAUUGGUCACUGUUCGCUAUCUUCACCAUUCAUGAAACCGUGAGAUCUCAGUUCGAAUGGAGCUUUAAUGGAUAUUUGAAGGCAUGAUUAGACAUAAAUAUAGUGGGGGAAUAUGUUUGGAUUUUUUAUGAUAAAUGUUUCAGACAGCGAAGCAAGAAUACAAGGACAUGAGGCUUCAACCGUGCGCAUUUUAUUUUUCACGCCAUAACCGAAGGUGUUUAUAAGGGGUAAAUCUGUAGCUCUCUGAUAUGCCCCAAUAGUCUCUCAGAGAGCUAUAGUUCUACAGGUAGUUUGAAGUUAGACAUAAACUGAAGUUUUGUGAAAAUCAACGUACUUGACCUUCAACCUUUGAAUUUUGUAAUCAAUAAGCCGUUUGGAUGUAUCUCAAUCUAUCAUGAUGCAUUGUUUGUAAACACCAAUAUCAACUUAUAUCUGAAUAAGAAUAUCGUUUAAAAUAAGCUAUGUACUUUUAAUGACAUGGGACAUUUAAAUGUAGUCGGUAUAUUUUUAUUUGGACCAAUGUACAUGUAUAGAUUGUCUCUUUUUAAAGUUCUGUUGAUUUAUGUAUUUUUUCAAUGAAAUUUAAAACAUUUAAAUGCACUCAUGAUGGAUAUGAUUUAUCGGGGUUUAUCUUCACAAUGGACAGUCAAAAUGCAACGCCAAAAAAUCAGUCUAUAAUAUCUCAAUAAGUUUCUAAAGAUAUUUUCACAUAUUAACCAAUAGUAAAAGCAUACUACCAAAACAUUUUGUUUAGUUGAUGCAUUUCAGAGAGAGAGAAAAGUCAUCUUGAUUUGUUUGUACUAAUUCGGAUGUAAAACUUUAAAGAAUGCAGAUGACGUUCAGUUGAUCAUGUAUCUUUAAUCAAAUUAUGUACAUCCUAAUAAAUUGGUUUGACAUGUAUUAUUGUUAUUUCGGAUUUCAAACAUUUCGGUUGAGCAUCACUGAAGAGACAUUAUUUGUCGAAAUGCGCAUCUGGUGCAUCAAAAUUGGUACCGUAUAAGUUUUACAUGUACCUGUGAAUACCUUCUUUGAUAUGAAAGAAAAAAGUUCAGAAAGUCUAAUGAUAUUCAACAUAACUUUCCGAUCAAUUUUCUUUAAAUGUAUCUGAUGGAAAUGCCAUUUUCCGGAGAAAAUUCGGACUAGAUUUACUUUCUUUGUAUUGGUAUCAUAUAGAAAAUGUAUUGCAUUUUACCUGUUAGUAUCCGGACACAUACUGUAUUAAUGGUGAUCAUUAAAUGUAUUCAAAUCACAA